ACCUCAGUUUGGGGUUGCGGGAGGCUGAGGGAAUUCGUGGGUUUGGCAGGGCCCAUGGCAGCUGUGGCCAUCGCCGCGCAACGAGGCCGCUGGCCUUCCCUCCUGCUGCGGAGGGCCUGCCAAGCCCCGCCAGGCCGAGGGUGCCGCUCCGGGGCGCCCGUGAGGCAACGGCAACAGCCGCAAGUCGUCGCAGCCCCCGUCGCUCAGGAGAUUACAAAUCCAAGAAGGAAAGGAUUUCUAAGUGAACAUGCUGCUCCUUUCUCUGCUUUCUUGACUGAUGGUUUUGGCCGCCAGCAUAAUUACUUAAGGAUCUCACUGACUGAGAAAUGCAACCUCAGAUGUCAGUACUGCAUGCCAGAGGAGGGAGUUCAGUUAACUCCCAAAUCAGAACUGUUGAGCACCCAGGAAAUCAUCACUCUUGCCAGACUCUUUGUGAAAGAGGGUGUGGACAAGAUCCGAUUGACUGGAGGAGAGCCUCUUAUCCGGCCAGAUGUAGUGGACAUCAUAGCUCAGAUGCGCAAACUAGAAGGACUUGAAACCAUUGCUGUUACAACGAAUGGCAUCAACCUAGCCAGACUUUUGCCCCGGCUCAAAGAGGCUGGCCUAAAUGCCAUUAACAUCAGCUUAGACACAUUGGUCCCAGCAAAAUUUGAAUUCAUUGUCCGCCGAAAAGGUUUCCACAAGGUGAUGGAAGGCAUUCAUAAAGCUCUUGAACUUGGAUAUGAUCCUGUCAAGGUGAACUGUGUGGUUAUGAGAGGCCUCAAUGAAGAUGAGUUGCUGGAUUUUGUGGCACUUACAGAGAAAUAUCCCCUGGAUGUGCGCUUCAUAGAAUACAUGCCCUUCGAUGGCAACAAAUGGAACUUUAAGAAAAUGGUGAGCUAUAAAGAGAUGCUGGAUACAAUCAAGCAAAAAUGGCCAGAGCUGGAAAAACUGCCAUGUGAAGAAGCCUCUAGCACUGCCAAGACAUAUAAGGUGCCACAUUUUCAGGGACAGGUCAGCUUCAUCACCUCGAUGUCUGAGCACUUCUGUGGAUCCUGUAAUCGACUUAGAAUCACAGCUGAUGGGAACCUGAAGGUGUGCCUUUUUGGAAGCUCAGAAGUGUCCUUGCGAGAUCAUUUACGGUCUAAUGCCUCAGAAGAAGAAUUAAUUCAAAUUAUUGGUGGAGCUGUUGGCAGGAAAAAGAAGCAACAUGCAGGCAUGAUCAACAUUUCCCAGAUGAAAAACAGACCAAUGAUUCUCAUUGAGGCAACAUCAAGGUCAUUCUCCUUGCUCCAAGAUGCCCUACAGAACCGACCAAGUUUAAGCAACUGGGGCCACAGUCUUAAUCACUGGCUGACUCUGAGAAGGGGUUUAUACAAACAGAUGGGGAAAACAUUUAAGAAAAAUGUGUUUACAGGACAUGAUGCCUUGCCAGGAUCUUGUUCAGCACGACAGCUUGCAGCAGGAAUUCCGCAAGCUCAGCUCAGAAGCUGUUUUCUUCUCCAAAAAAUCAUGAGCUCCAGCUUGGAUACAAAGUGCCUUUGGACAGGAAUUAUUUUCAAGCAGACUGCUCACAUGAUGAGAGGCCUUCACUCUGGGAUGAUGAAUAACCAAGCAGAGGAAAGCAGUGGGACACGUCUUCCCACAGCCAAACAUAUUGGUGCUUCUGAUUGUCUAACCCACAUUGGCCAGGAUGGCCGUGCAUCAAUGGUAGAUGUAGGCAAGAAGCCAGAUUCAGAAAGAACUGCAGUGGCUAGUGCUGUGAUCACUUUGGGUGAGAAAGCUUUUGAACUGGUGCGGCAAAACCAAAUGAAAAAAGGUGAUGUGCUGGCAGUUGCACAAAUAGCAGGGAUUCAAGGAGCCAAGCUGACUAGUCUGCUGAUCCCACUUUGUCACAACAUCUCACUGAAUUUGGUGGACAUUGAUCUGAGUCUGGAUCAUGAAAGACAAGCUGUGGUUAUCCAGGCCAGGUGCUGCAGCCACAGCAAAACAGGUGUGGAGAUGGAGGCGUUGACCGCUGCCAGUCUAGCUGCCCUGACUGUGUAUGAUAUGUGCAAAUCAGUCACUCGUGACAUGGUCAUUGAAGAGGUGAAACUGCUCAGCAAGGAAGGAGGGCAAAGAGGAGACUUCCACCGAAACUGAAGACAUAAGCUAAAAGUUCUAAAUCAAGUUUUGUCUGCAUAAAAAAGAAUUUUUGCAUUCUAGGAAUUGGGGUUGCAACCACUAGAAAUCAAGCACAGUUUGACUUGCUGGCCUCUUUUCUUCUGGGUUGACAGCAAUUUAAGUAACUUGUUGGUUUUUAUGACAAUCAUCUCAUAGAGCUGCUUGCCAGGAGCUUCUUCGUUCUCACAUUGUUUUUAGCCUUGAUAAAAUGCAGGUUUUGAUGAGCACUGUAACUUUUUUGAUUACAUAGAAGACUGCCAUAUCCAGAGUUCACAGUAAUCCAUAGUUUUUUUUUCCUCUGCAUAAAAAUAUGGUAAACACUUGCACAGCAAAUUAAACUGCUUAAGAUAAUUCUGGUCUAGAAGUAGAAAUUAUGACAAACAAAUAGCACACAUGGACUUAACACAGGAAGAUAUAAACUGUGAGCUAUCUUAUCACUUCCUAGACCUUGUGGCCCACAUAGAAUUUGGGUCAGGGGGCAGUUUACCCUUGAAAACGAAAAACUGAUGUGUCCCAAAUGGGUCUUUACAUUCAUGGUGAUGAUGAGUAUUUGUUGGACACAUCAUGCACAAAUAAUUCUGCCUUUCUAGAAAACUGAGCUUUUUUAUUAAAAGCUCUAGACUUAUCUUUCAUCUUCAGGAUUCCAAAAGUAUUGCAUUGGACUACCUGUACUCUUGUGCUGAAACCACUCCUGUAGAGUACUUUUCUAACAUCACCCUGAAACCCUUCGACUUUUUAUUCCGAGUCUCCUCAAUGUUCAUUUCUGCCAUUUACGUCAUGGUAGCAUUCAAUUUAGUGAUCAUUUUAAGAAGCAGACUAGAAUUGUAACAAGAGUAUGUAAAUUAAAAAAAUCACAAUUAUAUUCUUGUAACAAAGUUUAAGAUUAUCCUCUAAAUCUGCCCCCAGUGAUUGGUUAAAAAUACAAAUGGAUAACAACACCUCUAGGUGCAAGCCAAAGAAAUUUCACAUUGGCAAGUUAAUUCAGAGCAUUAUUGCCUUAAAUUGAAGAGGACAUAAAGAUUAAGCAGCAUCUUUUCCACCUCAUCUAACUGUGCUGUUUCUCAGAUUCAUGCCAGAUCACCCUCCCAUCAUAUUUGCCUUUUUGACAUGAGGCCACAUCACAUAAAAAUGUCCCAAAAUGUUGCACUUCAAAAGUUAAAAUUUGAAAACCUCAAGAUUUAAAAUAUUUUUUCCCUUGAGCAUGAUUUGAACUCUAUGGGUGAGGCUUUGUUCCUGCUAUAUCAGAUCAUGUUGGGGUUCCAAUUCAGAAUUUUAAAUUAGUUAGGGUGGGAGAAGGAUGUGACUAAAGAUAGAGAAGAGUGCUUUGGGCUUUGGAAAUAAGUCAGGAAUGAGAAGUAGACACCUAUCUCAUUGGAUUGAGCAGAGAAGUUGAACUUUGCUUCUGUGUGCACUUAUAUUUGGAGUGAGCAAAGUGUGUCCCACAGGCCUCAUGUAUCCCCCAAGAGCCCCUCCAAUACCCCACAACUCCAAUGUUUACUUUUUUGUUGGUUAGGUUUUGGGGUGAUUUUUGUUCCCCAAAUCUUUAAAAAUGCCUUUAAAGCAUCAGUCCACUUCCCUAAACCCCUCCCCCCAAAACUUCAAACUAGAUAAUUAAAACAAAGAGGAAAAAUUAGCCAAAAUGACAGCCAGAAGUGGCAUGCAAUCACUUUGGGUGUGCUGAAAUGCAGUGCUGCAGACUGAGUGGAAACAACAAGGGAGAAAUUGCCACUCUCCUUUCUACAGUUGCCCACCCGAUUUAUUCCUUCCAGUCUCGUUCAGAGAGAUCUCUCCCUCACCCAUCCACCCACCCACCCAUUUUCUGUAGGGUAAAAUAGUAUUCCAGGAUCUUCUUUUCCUAAAGUAACUGCUGCAUACAGUAGCGAAUCAGAUAUUAAGUCAUCAUUCCAUUUUUCAGCAGCAAUUAUGAAAGAAUCUUUGGAUGGAAGGGUUUCUCUUUGCUCACAUAUCGUUUUUCUUUUUCCUUUGGUGCAUUUAAAAAGUAUAUAGUUGCAUAAAUAAUGUAAGAAAAAAAUAAUCAGAUUUCAACACUUUAUAGCUAUAUAUGGUUGUCCUUAGCGGUUUUAUGUAGCCCAUGUUGCUCACACAUGUGUAACAGCAAAACCCACAGGGCAGACAGGAGACCUUGUGAACAGUCCAAAAGCUAUUUUCGCCCCUUGGUAUAUGGCUGACAUUACAUGGGAGUAGUUAUUUUUGUGUAGGAAAAAAUGUACUGUCUGAAGAAGCAUGUAGAGAUAAAAGUACUGUGGUUUUAUAUUUCUUAUUUAGUUGCCAGGAUCCUGGGAUUUCUGCACCAGAAAAUAAAUAUUCCAGGUAGGAUAUUGAUUAGAAAUCUGUAGAAACUGCCAAAAAUGUCUUCUGUAUCUCACUGUGAAACCAUUCAGAUGAACAAGAUUAUAGCUGAGGCUUGUUUGAACUAUGUUUUGCAAUAUGGUCUCUAUAAUAAAAAACUGUGUUUUGCUGCUGUAGGAAACAGAUUGGAGUGUUAGGGUGAUACCCAAAUCCUAUUUUAGGUUAGCAAUAAAAGGCAUUCCAUUUGGGAGCAGAAUUGGUUUGGCUAGACUUUUAUACCUUGAGCAAUAUUUCUUCUUGCAAACUCAGGCUUAUCAAAUGAAACGGAGUGUCAUCGCAACAUCAAUGUAGCAAAUAUUAAGUGUGCCCCCCCCCCCAUUUUUUGGCAAGUUAUGAAAGUUACCUUCUCUGGGAGUUUUGGUUACUUUCCUAAAUGCACUAACAUGAUUUCAUUCAAAAGGGCUUUAAAUUAAGAGGCUUUUUAAAUGCUGGGUCUGAAUAUGAUGUGUUCAUUUCUGAAAAAUCUGCACAGUAAUUCAUAACAGGGUGUGUAGAUAAGAAGCUUUUGAAAAAUAAAAUGUUUUUCUUUGAGUGAAAUCAUUAGUCUUCAUGCUAAUGGCUUUGGCAAGAAUGUUUUUAUCCCUUUGUGGAAUAAGUUGUUAAAAACAUGUUUCGGUUCUAAAACAGAAUGCUAUAAAAAUCUUGGAUCAACACAUGUUGCCAUGCGCUGGGUCAGAGUUAUUUAGUUACAGAUUUAUGGGAACGCUGAGAUGGGAUUUUGUGCAUGUGUGCAUAUACUGUUAUAAUAAAGAACCAUUGCAAGUCCAAGCAUAAUUGGACUCAUUUAUGAUAUGUGUUCAGAUGAUGAUGUGAACAUGGGAGGAAUAAGAAGUCAUCAAGUUAGAUAAUUUUCUGAGAGAGGUUCCAUUUACACCUCCCCCACACCACCUGUCUUCAAUUUGGGAGGCAGUACCUCCUUGAAUCAAUGUUAAGAGUAUACUAGAACAGGACUAUCUAAUCUUUUUCUGCUUGCAGCUAUUUUCCACCUCAGAAAUUUUUACAUGACCCCAGUAUGUAUAUUUAUAAAAUAUGUAUAAAAAACAAGCAUUUACUGUUAAUAAAUCAGCAUUUGCAAGGUUUGCUAAA